AUGGGUAUUGAGAACACAAUCGCUUCCCGUGCGCAGGGAGAGUCGGCCCGGGUGUUACGGGAAGAAAUAUCAGCUCUAUUAAACAAAAGAGCCAUACGAGUAGUGCCACACAGGCAGGGACUGGAGGGUUUCUAUUCGAGGUAUUUCCUGGUCCCAAAGAAAGGGGGGACCUCAUUACGUCCCAUCCUGGACCUUCGCAUUUUGAACUCGUAUCUCAGGAGAUACAAGUUUCGCAUGCUGACACACUCAACGCUGAUACGUUUGAUCCGACCGGGGGACUGGUUCACAUCAAUCGAUCUGAAAGACGCGUAUUUUCACAUUCCCAUUUAUCCUCCGCACAGGAAAUAUCUGAGGUUCGCUUUUCAGGGCACAGUGUACGAGUAUCUGGUACUCCCAUUUGGCCUGUCACUGAGCCCGAGGGUGUUUGUGAAAUGUGUCGACGCCGCUAUAGCUCCCCUCAGGGAGCGGGGUAUACGCGUGGCCACUUAUCUGGACGACUGGCUGCUGCUGGCGCGCUCAGAGCAAGAGGCUGCGGCGCACACGAGCAUUGUACUGACUCACCUGGCCGAUCUCGGUUUUGUGGUGAACAGGGAAAAGAGUGUGUUAACGCCGAGACAGGAAAUUGCCUUUCUGGGUCUCACGUUAAAUUCACUGACCUACACGGCUCGCCUGUCAGCCGAGAGAGUGCGCACUUUCAGGUCCACUCUCUCUCAUUUUGCCAUAACACGUCGGGUCACAUACGGACUGUGCCUCAGGUUAUUGGGACUGAUGGCCUCAACAAUAUUGGUGGUGAGGCUGGGCAGGCUGUACAUGAGAGAUUUUCAGCGCUGGGUGGCUUCUCUCAGACUGGAUCCUGCGCGCCACAGACGCCGCAGUGUAACGGCUUGCGCGUCCUGCGUCCUCGCGCUGCUACCAUGGCAACGCCCGUCUAUGUUGACAGCGGGGGUGAGCAUGGGCGCAAUAUCUGCCAGAAAAGUGAUCACAACGGACGCCAGUCUGUCAGGCUGGGGCGGUGUGUUCGAGGGCAGAUCCGCGAAUGGGAUGUGGAGCACAGAUCUCAAACAUGCCCAUAUAAAUUAUCUGGAGUUGAUGGCAGUGUUUCUGACGCUGAAACAUUUUCUGCCGUUCCUCCAGGGACAUCAUGUGUUAGUGAGGACGGACAAUACGACCACGGUGGCGUAUAUCAAUCGUCAGGGGGGUCUACGUUCUCUACAGUUACACACUCUUGCACGCAGACUGAUAUUGUGGAGCGAGGAGCAUCUCCUCUCAGUGAGAGCGACUCACGUUCCCGGAAUUCAGAAUGUGGGUGCGGACCUUUUGUCCAGGGGAAAUCCUCUCUACGCGGAGUGGAAACUUCACCCGGCUGUAGUAGCUCAGAUUUGGUCACAUUUCGGCCGCGCAACAUUGGAUCUGUUUGCGUCGAGGGGAAACACACAGUGCCCACUGUUCUUCUCCCUGCACGACCAGAGCGCACCGCUGGGGCUGGAUGCGUUCGCUCACGAGUGGCCGCGCGUCCCGCUUUACGCUUUUCCACCUCUGGCUCUGAUUCCCCCGACACUGCUCAGGGUGCGGGAGAAUCGUCUGUCAGUAAUUUUGAUCGCUCCUCACUGGCCGUCCAUGCACUGGCUGGCGGAAGUGAGACAGCUCCUCCACGGUCACCCACGGCCUCUCCCGCUGCGCAGGGACCUGCUCUCCCAGGCGCGCGGACAGAUAUUUCACCCUCACCCGGAGCGCCUCGCCCUGUGGGCUUGGGAGCCAUUUGCAGUAACUAGCUGGAGACGCCUGUUGAGGAACCUCAACAUCUGGAGACUCCUGCUCAACCUCAACAUCUGGAGACUCCUGCUCAACCUCAACAUCCGGAGACUCCUGCUCAACCUCAACAUCCGGAGACUCCUGCUCAACCUCAACAUCCGGAGACUCCUGCUCAACCUCAACAUCCGGAGACUCCUGCUCAACCUCAACAUCCGGAGACUCCUGCUCAACCUCAGCAUUCGGAGACUCCUGCUCAACCUCAACAUCCGGAGACUCCUGCUCAACCUCAAGAACUUGCACUUCUGUCUUCAGCUCUUGAUUCUCAUGAGUUCAGUGUUGCCAACUGAUCAACGUGGAAGAAUGCCUGCAGCCAUUUCUGAACAUGUGAUCAAUGACGAGAUGCGUCAAGCUGCAGCGGAAUCGAACCGUGAUGAGUUCAACCGCUGA